AUGUCGGAAGAAUUAGAUAGAAUUUUAUCUAUUGAAGAAUCUGCAAUCAACAAAAACAAAGAAAUAGAUCGAAUUCUACUGUGUUCUCCUUUUGAUUAUUAUUCAAUAUUAGAAAUCAAUCCAUUAUUAUCCACCACAACUGAAGAACUUUUAACAAUUAUUAAAAAAGUGUAUCGGAAAAAAUCAUUAUUAAUCCAUCCUGAUAAAUCAGAUAAUCCUAAAGCUUCAGAAGCUUUUGAUUUAUUGAAAAAAUCCGAAUAUCAUUUAACAUCAUCAGAUGAAUCAGAUAUUAAAGAAAUUGAACAUUUAUAUUCAAUAUAUCAAGCAUAUAAACCAACCCCCUCGAAAAUAAAUAAUGAACAAUAUUGUAAAUUAGAAUUUAAUGAUAUUAUUAAUAUUGAAAUUAGAUCAAAAGUGAAACAAGUUUUAAUUGAUGAAAUAAAUGAAUUAAAUUUAAAUAAAUUAAUUAAACAAACUGAACUUUUACGUAAAGAUGAAAUGAAACAAAAAAUUGAUCUUGAAAAAAAAAUUAAACAACAACUAGAUAAAAAUUGGGAAGAUGAAAGAGAUUUAAGAGUUAAUAAUUGGAGAAAAUAUAGUAAUAAAAUUGAAAGGAAACAGAAACAACAACAACAACAACAACAACAAGAAGGACAAUCAUUGGGGAAAGUAUCAAAAAAGAAAAAAAAAAAUGUUUUAGUGUGA